ACACUCACGCGGUUGUCUCAGUUCAGGCUGCCGGUCCCUGCAUGGCAACAGGCGCGAGGGGUUCCCCCGUCCGUCGCCCCUCUGUCUUCCCGUACAAAAUCAAAAAUCGCUUUAGCUUUUGAAAAGUUGAAUCCACAGUGGCUGCUCGUACCCGGCGCGCCCAUCCGCGGCAGCAUGUACUGGGAUACGGUAUAACGCGCGACGCGGAGCAGAAACUUUCAACCCAGGGAUAGUGAAGGCAGUGCAGUCACAGCGAAGAGCAGCCGACAGGACUCCACAUCCAGAUUCUCAUUGAUGAGGCAGCCUCCAAAUGACGUCGAGAUGGCUUUAGGUGGGACGCUUCUGCCAUCCAUAUCCACGUUCGCCAGCGGCCCCACUGUCAAGAGUAAAUCCAUAGGAAGUGCCAAUCUAAGAUGGAAGGAGGAGUUGUCCCUUCUUAAGAAACCCAGCGUGCCAACCGGAAGCAGCUGUCCUGACCCAGACCAUCCCACUGCCAGCAGCACAACAAGCCCUAGCAUGUCCAAAAAAGACACUGAGCCUGACCUGGACUUGGACUACGACUUUAUUCUGUCAAACUCCAUUCUGCAGCAACAGCAGCAGCAGCAGCAGCAACAGCAGGAGGAGGCCAUGGCGUGCAGCUCUGCCCAGACCCUGUCUCCUUCCCCCAACUCUUUCUCCUCGUCUUACCCUCUCCCCUCCCCUCAGGGCACCGCCAGCGAGCUGCUCUACACCAUCCCAGACAUCAGUGACGUCUCCCCCUCUGGAGGCUUCGUGGCAGAGCUCAUGAGACCCGAGUUGGACCCGGCGUACCUCCACCCCACCAGCCUCCACGGCAAAUUCGUGGUAAAGACAACUAUGGACAUGGGAGAAUACAGCCAAGCCGUGAACGUGAGCAAGGCCUGCGUUACGGCCGUGUCGGACCCGACUGCUUCACGCGCCUCGCCAUCCUUUCCGUGCCACAGGAUAAAGCAGGAGAACCCCAGUAACUGCACCAUCUCGCAGCCCAUGGACCUACACCUGGCUGGGGUGAACUCCCAGGGCCGAGGGAGCCAGCAGCAGCGCCCGUGCCAGUUAGAGCUGCACGGCUUCCCCGGCGGAGGGAGACCCAUGACAGGCGGCAGGCUAUCCUCAUCCUCUUCCCUCUCCCCAGACCAUCCUCUGAGCCGGGAGCACCAGGUUCUGGGACAUCCCCACUCUCAGAUCCCUCUACCUCCCCAGGGAUAUCACCAUAGCUCCCCGCAGGGCUACACCUCCUACCCUCAGCCAUCCUCCAUGCAGUACCAAGAUCCCCUCAUGAUCUCCAGUGGGGACUGCUUGCCGGAGGAACCAAAGCCUAAGCGUGGUAGGCGCUCCUGGCCGAGGAAGAGGGUUGCCACACACACGUGUGACUACGUUGGCUGUGGGAAAACUUACACAAAGAGCUCCCACCUCAAAGCACAUCACCGCACGCACACAGGAGAGAAGCCUUACCACUGCGACUGGGAGGGCUGCGGUUGGAAGUUUGCACGUUCGGACGAGCUCACACGGCACUACAGGAAACACACAGGCCACCGGCCGUUUCAGUGUCAGAAAUGUGACCGGGCCUUCUCAAGGUCAGACCACCUUGCUCUCCAUAUGAAGAGACACUUAUGAGACUUGGCGAUGGAUGAAGGCUCCAUAAAAAAGAACAUAUGUUAGCAAGAACUCUGAACAAACUUGUGACCUACUCUUUUUGAAAAACCAUAAUUUGCCUUCAAGCCGUUGUCAAGCGACAAGACAAGCUGUGGUGUUCACGGCAAAAACAGCAUUACUCCUUCAAGAGCCUAGAAUUUCUUCUCAAGACUGAUCCCGUCUUCGCACGUCGUGCAGGCGACUUGAAAGGACCUCUCAGUCAGGGUUGUAAACUUUUAUGAAAGGGACCAAACUGGAAUUUGUCUUAUUUAACCGACAAAACUUGGAGGACCAGGUGCCAACGACUUUUUAACUGGAAAUGUAUUUUUGUCAGGGAAACCAGGAGCAACAGACAAACAUCUCCAGAGGCCUUAAACCAGCAACACGCCAAUGUAGGCUCUGUUAUCAACACACUGUCCAAAAUACUGUAUUAAUAAAUACAUCUAUAUUUAUAUACACAUUUCACCUGCAAUGCCAUUAAUUUCAGGUACAAUGUUAAUUUAUACAGAAUGGUGCUCAGUGACUCUGAAGAAGGCUUUUUUUUAAUCAAAGAAAAGGUACCAAAGAUAAAGGAAAAUAUACAAAAGGGUGAAAACUAUGAAAAAGUGCCAUACGGUUGUUUGUGUGUUUCUCGGAAACCUCUCUUCCACAAUCUGACUUAAAUCAGGUGAACACUUCACUUAUAAAUGGUGAUGGCAAUCUUCAAUGCACUGCAGCUGCAAAGUGCAAUAAUUUAUAUGAGACAUUCAUAUUUUUGUAUUGAAUGAGUAACUCUGAACAAAGAUUUUUUUGUUUAUAGCCAAAAAAUAUGUAAUAUAAUCUUGAAUUUUGUACAUUUGUAAAUAAAAUGCUUUGUUAUUGUUUUGUAUUUUACACUAUAAUAAAAUAAAAAUGUAUUUGAAAUAAGA